AUGGCGGCGGUCCUGCGCUUCGCCAAGGCGAGCCCCAUGGCCUUUGGCGUGGGCUUUUCCUGCCUGAAGACGAGCGCGUCGGACCUCAUCGUGCAGACCUUCGUGGAGCGGCGCGAGACCAUCGACUGGAAGCGGAACGCGGCCUUCGCGUCCUUCGGGUUCGGCUACCUGGGCAUCGUCCAGUACAGCCUGUACGUGCCCGUCUUCGGCCGCCUCUUCCCGAAGACGGAGGCGUUCGCGGCGAAGAGCCUCCGGGAGAAGAUGGCCGACCUGCCGGGCACUUUGGGCGUCGCGGCCCAGGUCUUCCUGGACCAGUGCGUGCACCACCCCUUCAUGUACUUCCCCGCGUUCUACAUGACGAAGGAGCUCGUGUUGUACGGCGGCGACGCGUCCGUCGACCGCGUCUACAAGCGGUGGAACGACAACUUCUGGCCGGAUUUGGAGGCGCUCUGGAAGAUCUGGGUGCCGGCGACGUGCCUGAACUUCGCCUUCAGCCCCAUGUGGAUGCGGAUCCCCGUCGUCGCGUCGACGUCGCUCGUCUGGACGAUGAUCCUUUCCGCGAUGCGUGGCACGGAGGAGGUCGAGGACGGGGCCGCGGCCUUCGUCGGCGAGGAGGAGGACGCCGCGGGGUUGGUCAUGCUCGGCCCCCACGUCUCCGCGCGGACCAUGGAGGUCUUCGCGCAGGGGCUCGCGCGGCGGCACUCGCUGCCCGAGAUGGCCGACGUCGCGAGCGCGGUCACGCGGCGCCUGUCGCGGAGCGACACGCCCGCGGAGGAGGGCGUGGCGAAGCCGCGGCCGCGGACGCAGGACGUGGCCCACCUCUGCGUGACGGCGAGCGGCAAGGACCGCGUCGGUUUGGUGUCCAUGCUGUCGCAGUGGAUCUACGAGCGCGGCGGCAACAUCACAGGGUCGAAGAUGCUGCGCAUGAACGACGAGUUCACGGUCAUCCUCCACGUGACGUCCAAGGACCGCGUCGCCGCGAGCCACCUGCGCGCCGACCUCCUCGGCCGCGAGGGCGCGAACAAGCAGAUGGAGGACCUGACGAUCUCCGCGCGCGAGCUCCGCGUCCACGGGAGCCACGCGGACGCGGACUCGACGGUCCGCGAGGCCCGCGUGCGCCUCACGGGCGCGGACCAGCCGGGCAUCGUCUUCAAGGUCUCCAAGCUCUUCAGCGAGGUCGGCUUCAACAUCGAGGAGCUCGCGACGGACACCGUCGCCGUCGCGAACGAGGACGGCAAGACGCGGCCCUUCUUCCUCCUCGAGGGCUACCUCACGGCGCCCAAGGUCGUGCCCCCGGCCGAGCUCGAGAAGAAGCUCGACAAGCUCCGCGAGGACCUCGACUGCAAGAUCACCGUGACCUGGUCCUGA